AUGAAUAGGUUUUAUGAAAAAGAAGAUGUCGAAAGAGCAAGAGGAGUAUUAAAAUCGUCAAAUCUUCUUCCUUUUUUAACCAUCGAUAAUUAUUUAAUAAAUCCCUUUCCUUUGGAUCCAAAUAAAAUCAAUAUAACAAAUACAUUAAUGCCAGUUAUGUGCUUAAAGUUUUACUCUGUAUUGGGUGAAAAUUAUUUUUGGCGUUCAAAUUAUACAAAAUUUAUAGAGGAAUCUUAUAAAAUUAUUUGUGAUGAAAGGGGUGAUGUUAUUAGAAAUUUCAAUGGAUCAGAAAUUGUAGCUACAUGGAGUAAUAGCGAACCAAACUCUAAUGAAGCAUAUCUUUGCAUAAGAGCAAUUAGAUGUGCAAGAAGACUUAGAGAGGCAUUAAAAAAAAUUAUUAUUGAUACAUCAAUUAAUUUUGAGGAUGAAAAUAGUUACGAUUUCGAAUCACCUGUCCCAAAGAAUGAAAGCAAUACAAAUAUUACUACAACUAGUGAUUUAAGUAGUUUAAACGAACCUGACAACAAUAUAAUUGGCCAAGCUAAUCAAGCAAGUUCGUCACCAUCACCACCAUCAUCAUCAUCAUCAUCAUCACAUAAGUCUCAUCCACCACCAUCAUCAUCAUCAUCAUCAUCACAUAAGUCCCAUCCACCACAACCAAUACCAAUACCAUCACAACAAUCAAAACAAUCACAAUCAUCACAACCAUCAAAACCAUCACAACCAAAUUCACCAAUUAACCCAGCAAUAGAUUCAUCAUCAUCAAUAUCAAAUGUAACAACAAAUAAAGAAAAAACAAAAGAAGAAAAAGAAAGAGAUAUAAAAUUAAAAAAAACAGAUCCAUUUUUUAAUAUAUUUAUUAGCUUUGGUAACUGUUUUUUAGGUAGCUUAGGUGACGAUAAAAAUUUUACUUUUGUAAAUGGUGGCCCAGGUUUUUUAAAAAUGUAUGCUCUUGUUAGAGAUUAUGAAAUUUUAAAAAAUAUUCAAGGUUAUCCAGUAAAAUUAAGUUUAGAAAGAGUCAAGCCAAAAGUUGUACUACCAAAGCAAAAUAGAAGAAGAAAAGAGGCCGAUCUAUUAGCAACAUUUUUUCAAAUUGUUGUCGAUAAGAGUGUAGUUAAUCUUAGUAGAAAGUAUGUUUUGUAUGACUAUCAAAGUGGUAAAAGGGAGACCAUCGGUAAUUUUUUACAGGAUGAAAGAAGAGAAAGCUUUUUUAAACCACAAAUAUCAACCAUUGGCUAUUACCUAUUUAAAAAUAUGAGAGAGAUUUAUUCAACAUCACCAUUUUCAUUAGAAGCAUUUUUUGGUAGUCUAUCAAACGAUUUAGCAGUUCAAAUGAAGGGUUUAUUAUUUUUACAUUUACCACCACAUCUUAGGUCUUUAAUUUCACCAAAUUAUUUAAAUAUAAAUGACAGAGAAAGAUAUAACAGAGAAUCAUUAAGAAGACACCCAAAUCAAUUGGAAAUUGAUCAAGACGAAGCAUUAUUAAAGAAAAAUGGUGUUUCUUUAAUGAGGAAAGCAAUGAUGAAAGCAUCAUUACCAAAUUCUAAUGGGGGCUUAUCACCAAAUUUUCAGUCAUCGUUCAAUAGCGAAAAUGAAAUUGGUCUCUAUGUUGAUACUAGAAGUGAAAUGGAACUUGUCUACAAGGUCAAAGAGUCUACGAUGGAGUUAAGAAGAAUAUCGUUUGUUGUUAUUCAUUUGUUCAAUUUAUCUUAUUCAAUAGAAAAUUUAGCAUUUUUUCAAGAGAUUUUAAUAAAUGUAGCAGAGAAAGCUCAUGUUUACGGUGGAUCCAUUACUGACGUAAUAGAGAGAGAUAGAGGUACCUUUAUUGUUAUUGCUGUUGGUUUAUCAAACGAUUCUGCAUCAUCAAAUCAUGUAUAUAGUGCCUCAGCUAUUGCCAAACUUUGCUCCAAGUUAUUAAAACAAAGUAGUUCACCAUUGACUUGCUCAAAUAUGAUGGUUUUUGCCGAAUUUGUUUCAGUUGGUUUAGUUGGUUGUAAAAAUAGAAGUUCAUAUGUUGUUAUUGGUUCAAGAUUACAUUAUGUAAUGAAAUUGUUAUUAACCAUCUAUUUUAAUGAAAAGUAUGAUAUACCAGAAUAUGUUAGAGAAUUCCUUCGUAAAAUGGUAGAAAAAGCAAGUGAUCAACCAAAGCAUAGACCAGUAAUAGUUUCAGAUAAAAUUCACAACAAUGCUUUUCACAUUGCACCAGACAUCGCCAAAAGAAAAAAAGAUGAACCCAAAUUUUGUAAUAUAUAUUGUGAUGAGGAUUAUAAAGUUGUAAAUAUUUAUAAUUUUUUUACUGAUAAAGAGACUUUAACUCUUUCAUAUUGCACAGCAGAUUACUAUAAAAAUGGUUUACUAUCAGCCCUAACCACAGAAUCAUUCUAUAAGCAUAACGAUAUAUUGGAAUCAAGAUCCAAACCCAUAGAAGAAAGUUUACAAAAGCGUAUGCUAACAAAAAUUCCGUUGUUGGGCCGUAGCGAAGAGCUAAAUAUCUUUAUUGAUCACCUACAACAAUUAAUCAACUAUCAAAACUCUACAUUUAUUUUGUUAGAAGGUGAACCAGGUAUAGGUAAAUCUGCUCUACUAGGAGAAUUCUAUCGAAUUUCCACUGGCUCAGAAUGCUACACAUUUUCAAGUUCACCAUCACCAAUGACCAAACAUAGACCUUUCAAUGCCUGGAUAAAUGUAAUUUAUGAUAUAUUCUAUAUGGAAUUCAUUGUAAACAAAGGUAAACUUGAAGAAAAUUACCACUCAACAGAAAUGUUUUUAAGUCAAAACCCUCCAGAUAAACGAAAUCCAGAUGCACUUUAUAAAUAUAUUAUUCAAAACUUCAAAGACGAUUUAAUAUUUUUCCAAUAUUUACCUUUGUUAGGUUUGGCUAUGGACGUUGAAAUCAAUAUUUGUGAAGAUGUCGAAUCAGUCCAUGAAAGAAUUUCUGAAAUCAUUAUUUUAUUCCUUCAAACUGUUACAUCAAGUAGACAAAUGGUAUUUUUGUUAGACAACUUUCAAAAUUUCGACCCACAUUCCACCGACUUGCUUUUAAGUAUCUUCCAAAAGGUCCAACCUAUUCUUGUUGUAGUCUCAACCAACUCACUAUCACUCUUGCCUGAUGAUAUGGUAAAGUUAAUAAAUAUUAUAAAGCUAAAAUAUAAUGAAAAUCAGAAGCGUUUCAAGACAAGUAAAGAUCAAAUUUUAAUUCUUCAACAGAACAAAAUUAUGAAAUACAAGCUAAUGUUAACUCAUGUAGAGGAAGAGUUUAGAAAGGCAUUCUCCAAAUGGCCGCAAGAAGCUUUUAAACUUUAUGACACUCAAGAGGAAGCUUUUGAAGCUAUCGCAGCUUAUAGUACCGUUAAAUUGUAUAUAUUAAAAGAAAAAAGCGAAAAAAUUCAACAAGAGAUCGACGAGUUUAAACAAACAUUUGAUCAACGUUUCCGUGAAUUAUCACACAUUUACAAGAAACUAUUGGAAAGGCUACUAUUCUAUUCAGAGUUAGAAAAAUCAAGAAGACAGGCUCCUUCAAAAUUAGCAUAUCGUGACCCAAUUUCAAAUACAAAUUUCGAAUUUAUGACAUUAAAACCAUUUACUGAAAAAUCAAUGAAAGAAAUUGUUAAACUUCAUUUGGGUGCAAAAGCAGUCGCACCUAAUCUUUUAGAUGUAAUCAUUGCAAGAUCUGAUGGCAAUCCAUUCAUUUGUUUCGAAUAUAUUGGCUCUUUGAAAGAAAGUGGAUAUCUAAGCUCACUCCACAGAAGAUUUUUUAUUCAACCAUUUGUGCAUAUUAAAGGUUUACCACAACCUACACAGGCUGUAGAAGAUCACUACUUAAAAAAAACUGGUACAUCUAUUGCAUCAAGUUCAUCAAUUCUUUUACGUACCGCUUCAGCUAUUGGUCAAACGAAAUUCCCAUUCUCCCUUAUUAGUCAACUCUUUCCAAUUACCCAAUCCAAACAACUAUUAACUCAAGUAUUAGAAAAAAUGGUCAAUAUUGAUUUAUUUAAUGUUAUUCAACGUUCUGAUAUCCAUCAUUUUGAAAAUCACUUUCCACCAUUUUUAAAUCAAAAUGCCAAUAUCAGUAACAAUAGUUCUAUUCUUAGUAACUUUAGUAAUAUGAGCUCACAUUCAUAUGAUUCAAACGAUUCAUCAAAUUAUUCUAGUACUUUUUCAUCAAACUCAUCAUCAUUAAAUAACUCACCAAGCAUAAAUAGUAGUGUUUAUUCAGAUUCAAAACAUAGCCAAUCCAUUAUUUCCAAAUUUAGUAAUCAUCAAAAUAGUUUUAAAAGUAAAAAUAAUGUUACCAAUAAUAACAAUAAAUUUAAAGGUAAUUUCUCCCCCUUAUUCUCAUCAGAGGAUUAUGUAUUUAAAUCAAGGGAAAGAAGAUUUUUUGGUGGCACCAGCAAGAAUAGUUCAAACUUAGCAACUCUAAAUAGCAAUAGCAUUAAUAUUGAAAAUAUAUUAAACGACUUAUACAAUUUAAACUGCAGUAAUAAUAGUAAUAACACAACAAAGAAUAGUUAUAAAAUGGAUGAUACUGUAUAUGAUUUAUUAAAUUCAGAAUGGGACAAAUACUAUGGGUUCAAAUCAUUGGCAUUACAAGAAAUUCUCUAUAGUACCUUAAUCGAACAACAAAAGAGAGCUUAUCAUUUAAUACUAGCAAAAUGGAUAGAAAAUAACUAUAGCCACUAUUCAAUAACCGAGUAUUAUCAAUUAAUGGCUCAUCACUAUUCCAAAUCGGAUUUGGCUGUUAAAGAAAACUGUGCAAAAGCUUUAGAUUACACUUUUCAUGCUGGCUUGGUUUGCUUUGAAAACAAUUGCUACACCGAAAGUAUUAAGAAUUUCAGUGACUUUAUUUCAAUUUUUAAAGCAUUAAAAUUGAAAUUCAAUGGGCCAAAUGAAUUAUUUGAAUUCAAUUUCGAACUCGGUGAAUCAAAGUUAUUUCCUGGCUCAAGAUUACACCAAGGCUAUUAUCUCAAAGUUGGAUCGAAUCAAAUUGAAAUCAAAGAUCUCAAUGAAAGGCAUAGAUACUCCUUAGCCUAUCAAAAGAUUGGUGACUCUUAUACUACUAUGGGUUACCUUUCACAAGGCGAAUCAUUUCUUCAAAAUGCAUUAUCAAUUCUCAAACAAUCGCCACCACAAACUCUCCCAAUGCAGAGUAUUUUACCUCUUAUCUCGUCACACAUCAAACCAAAAAUACUAAACUCAUUCAUUUCAAAAUCAAGUGGUUGUUUUAAAACCUAUGACAUUAACUAUGAACUAACUAUUCAACUCGAGAUCAUUUUACAACUAUCUAAUGUAUAUUAUAGCUUAGCAGAUAUCUAUCUAAGGAGUUGGAAGUUGGGAUUGGCUGUUUCGUGCUGUAUUCAAUCCUUAAAUCAAUUACAAACAAUUUCUACCCAACCAUCACCAUUAAUUUUACCACAAAUAUCUAAAACCUGUGCAUUGCUUUCAUCUAUAAUUUGUUCAUUACCACCUAACCAAAUUAGAGAUGACCAAGAUUUCCUAUCUCAAUGCGAGCAAAUGGUCCACAAUCUAUUACCAAAAUAUAUCGAGUUAAAUAAUAGUGCUGCUGUCUCUCAACUAAUUCAAUCAUUUUCAACAUUAAAACUCAAAUAUUCAUUCAAUUGUAAUUGGAAAAAGAUCGAGCAACAAAUUAAAUUCUCACAUAAAGUUAUUUUCAACAACUUGGAUCGAAUGAUUAAAAAUGAUUUAAUUAUUGAUUUUUUAUCAUUAAUUUCUUUAUAUUUAAUUAAAGGCCAAUUAUAUUCAAUUAAUUAUAUUAUUGAAAAAUACUUCAACUCUAUCAAUUUUAAACAAGAACUAGAACAAGAGGAGCCAGAAUCAUCAUCCAUUAAUCAAACUUUUUAUAACCAACUAUCAUUCGAAGAGAAACAAAAACAACAAAAAUUAAAAAUUGAAGAAAAUGAAAAAAAAUUUUUAAGUUUAUUAAUUUUAUUAAAUGAUAGUGAGGGAUUUAAAGAUUUAACUUUAGAAAUUUUACACAUAGAAAAAACUGAACAAUUAAAAGAAUCAAUUUCAAAUAUUCAAUUUAAUAAAAGAUUAGAAAAUAAUAAUAUAGAAAAUAAUGAUAAUAUAGAAAAUAGUAAUAGUAAUAGUAAUAGUAAUAGUAAUAAUAAUAAUAAUAAUAAUAAUAAUAAUAAUAAUAAUAAUAAUAAUAAUGAAUCUAGAGAAAAAAAAUUGGAAGAAUUAAUAAAUUUAGAUAAAAAGAAAUCAUAUAAUCAUAGCUUUACAAUCAAUACACUGUUUUAUCAAUAUUCAGCAUAUUGUUUAAUUUUCCAAAAUCAAUUUAAAGAAGCUCAUCGUAAAAUUAAAAAUCAAGAAUUCACUAGAUCCUCGACUGAAGGUACAGAGUAUUUAUUCAAUCAAGCCUUACUCUCUGCUAUUUAUUGUUCUCAAGAAUACUAUAGAGACUCAUGUCUUUGUAUCUUUAAAGCAUUCAAAUUUAUUAAGGACCAACCAAUCUAUUUUUACCCUUCAUACACAAUGUCAUUAUCAUUAAUGAUUCGUAUAUUAUCAGCGGUCCUAAAUAUUCAAUAUUACAAAUAUUCAAUCAAUUUAAAUCAUUAUGAUGGUGAAAUAAAAACAACAAAUAUUUUCAAUAUCAACGAUACCAUUAGUGAUAUUACUCAAAUUAGUGCACUCUCUGAACCUGGCCAAUAUCAAUCUAUUGAAAAUAUUGUUCAAUAUGCAAGUGAAGCACGUAUUAAAUUCAACGAAAGUAUUGGUUUUGACAUUAAGGUCAUUGACGAUAUGGCCUUAGCACUAUUAGAUAUUUUAAAACUCGCACCAACGAACUCUUAUGCCUAUUGCUCAUAUCUUCGUUUAACAGCUGUCCACCAAUUUGUUAGAAAUAGAAUAUUUAUUUUCGAAAAUUUUUGUCUCAAAUGUAUAGAUAUUAUAACCAACCCACUUUUGGAUAAAUAUACUCCAUCUCUUCAACAACUUUAUUCAAAAAAUGUCACCAAUGUCUCAAGCAAGCAAGAACUCUAUGAUAAAGAAACAGUCAAAUACAAAUCAAAAUCAUUAUUAUUACUCUAUGAGAGUCUUGAAGAUGCUCAAUCAAAACAAUUGUUAUUGGAUGAAGCUUUAACUUGGCAGGAGAUUUCAAUCUUGGAAGAUGACCCAUCCGAAUCAAUUAAAAACUAUAAUUCAAUUUUUGAAAAAUUAAAUUUAAAACCCUGGGCAAUUAUAAUUUAA